GUUACUGCACGAAAUGCGCGAGCUUGACAUCAGCGUCGCGUGUUGACUGUCACAAUGAGCGUGCUGAAUUGAACUGGCUCCCUUGUCUGUGUAUUAGCCGGCUACUCUCUCGCUGAAGUGUUGUUUCUUCUUUAAAUAUUUUUAAUUGAGAGGGUACAUGAAACGAAUCGUCGCACCCAAGCGGUGGGCGGCGAUGAACCGCGUAGAGCAUCCUCGUCUCAUGCCGAAACAGCUGCUCCAGGGUGUGUGUGGGGGAUUGAGAUGGCUUGAGAUGAAGAAUCUCGCGGAGUACGUGGCGAAGCGCGCCGUGGAGGAUGGAUUCCCUAGCACAAAGAAGCAGCGGAGAGCACUCGGUGCUCGUUCACCUGAACAUCUGCGGCCCCAGAUGGUGAGGAAAAACAAAUUUCCGACGAAAUUAUCCAGAUCCUCAUCCAGUGAGGCCGCUCCGGCCUCAAACUGGGCAGAAAAAGUACUCCCGGCUUCGUCAUCAACGCAUUCCUUGCCGGAUCCUGGUGCCCUAGUAUGUUCCUCUACUGCGAUGACGGUUCCUUCUUCGUUGGGGGAGCUGGUUGCGGUGACGAAGCAGAAACGCCUCAUAUCGUAUGAUGUCCUGGAUUGCACGUUCGGCACCGGAUUUCACUCCGGGGUCGUGCUGGAGAACGGGAAGCCGUACACGCGCGUUGUCGCGAUGGAUUGCGAUUUGGACGCCGCGACCGGCGCACGGGAGGUGGCAGAGGAGUUCGGGUCGCACCGGUUUCGCUUCUACGCCCGACCCAUGUCGGAGGCAAAGGCGCUGUUUGGCGAACGUUCCUUCGACGCCGUCGUCAUCGACCCCGGUCCCUCCCUCACCCAGCUCGAGAACCCAGAACGUGGGUUUCUGCUCGAUGACGAGAGCGAUCACUGCCUUGACAUGCGCUACGGGCCAAGUCACGGCCUGAGUGCUUUGGAAUACCUCAACACAGUUCCACAGAAUUCGUUGUCCAGGUCCCUGGCGUCGUACGAGCUGCUGACGCCCGAGCAAUCCACAAAGCUGGCGCGUGCGAUACGCAAAGGGCGGCCUUUUGGGGCAUCCCGCAGAGUUCUCGAGGUUGUGGAGGAGGCUGGAAAUGACCUGCCGGAGGAAGGAUGGAUGGCGCAGGACAGUCGGCGGAAGGCGCCGAUGUCGUGGAAGUUUCUGACCUCUCUGCGGUGCAUCGUGAAUCACGAACGCUACGAGUUGAGUGAGGCGCUGCAAAACGCCUUGUUGCUCCUGCGCAGCGAUGGCCGACUAGUUGUGUUCUCGCGACUGCCAUGGGAGGAAAAAGUGAUCGCGAGUACGAUUGAACAGCACCCACAUGCACUGCUGAGCUACUCGGAAAGGGUCUCUAUCGAGGACGUGCAAGAGCAUGGGCACUCGCGCCAUACGAAGAUGUGGGUUGCCACACGGACGAAGCAGUCGUCGUACAUUCUCAAGAACAGCCGCUCUCUCACGGAGGAGGCGGUGAGGGAGAGUGCGGUGCGCUGGAUGGGUGGGCUCUACGCAGGGCAGACCUAUGGCUUCCCAGCCAACAACUUUACCUUUGAGAACAGAGACCGCAAGGAUUGGGCUGCCGUCCGCAACAAUAGUAAGCCACUUCCGUUUGACUGGGACGACGACCCGAAGGGGUAA